AUAUAAAUAGCUACACUCAAUUUCGCAACUCAUUUUUUAUUAAAUCGUUCUGAUACAAGGUCGCACAAAUUAGAAUUUGGAUUAGUUUAGUUUAGGGGAUAAAAACAUGUUUUGGUUUUUAAUCGCGGCUAUUGCGGCUCUGGUGGCUUUUAUCUAUUUUAAACAAAAGAAAAAUGAGGACUUCUGGAAACAAAUUAUGGCCAUUCCGGGUCCUGAAGGAUUUCCGUUAGUUGGAACGGAAUAUCAUUUAGAUUCUACAGAGGAAGCUUUUGUGAGGGACAGGAACUAUGUUAAGUUGUAUGGUACGAUAUUUAAAAGAUGGGCAUCGGGUUUGGCUUAUAUAUGUUUAUCCAAUCCAGAGGAUAUUGAGUUAUUGUUGAAUAAUACCAAACAUCUUGAAAAAGAUGUAUACUACGAACUUCUUCAUAAUUGGCUUGGACAAGGACUUUUAACUAGCAAAGGAGAAGAAUGGCACAAAAGACGAAAGAUUUUAACUCCUGCUUUCCAUUUUAGCAUUUUGCAGGAGUUCGUAGAAGUAUUUAAUAAAGAAGUCAACCUUCUUGUUGAAGAUAUAAGAAAAUCAUGCAACAAACCAUACAUUGAUGUGGUCAAACCAAUAACAGAAUUUACUUUGUAUUCGAUUGGAGAAACUUCAUUGGGAAAAGAUUUACGUGACGACCCAAAAUGUCAAGAAUAUAAACAAGCAGUGUACGAUUACGGCGAACACUACAUCUACAGGAUGAUUCGACCCUGGCUUCAUGGCUCAUUCCUUUUCAAUCUAACGGAAAUCGGUAAAAAAGCUCAAAAAACCUGUGAAACUCUACACAACUUUUCCAAUAAUAUUAUUAAAGAAAGAUAUGAAUCGUUGCAGAAGGGACCUGAUGCUCAGUUCGCCAAAAAGAGAUUGGCUUUGUUGGACUUGAUGAUUAAAGCAAAAUAUAAUGGAGCCAAUAUUGAUAAUGUGGGAAUUAGGGAAGAAGUAGAUACGUUUAUUUUAGCUGGUCACGAUACUACAGCUGUAGCUUUGGGUCACCUUCUAAUGCUCUUAGCUAAUGAACAGGAAGCUCAGGAAGAAAUUUACCAAGAAAUACAAGCAGUAUCCGAAGACCCAAACAAACCAUCAUUCGCCGAAUUGGGAGAAAUGAAAUUCGCCGAAAGAUGUAUUAAAGAAAGCUUAAGAUUAUAUCCGAGCGCUGUCAAUAUUUCAAGAAUGUCAGGAGAAGAAAUACAUACCAAAAGUGGCUACACUAUUCCAAAGGGAUGUACAGUAGCUAUCUUGAUUUACGAUCUACAUCGUAAUCCAGAGAUUUGGGAAAAUCCUCUAAAAUUCGAUCCUGAUAGAUUUUUACCUGAAAAUAUAUCCGGAAGACACCCAUAUGCUUAUAUUCCUUUUAGUGCUGGAAGCAGAAAUUGCAUAGGGCAAAAAUAUGCUAUGUUGGAACUGAAAGCGGCUGUUUGUGGACUUAUACACAAUUUCAAGCUGGAACCUGUAACAAGACCUUCAGAGAUGAGAUUUAAGGCUGACAUCGUUCUUAGACCAGCUAACGAAAUUAGAAUUAAGUUUAUUCCUAGAAAAUAAUUUUUGAUCGUUUUUAUGUAAAUAUAUAUCUAUAUGUAAUAUAAACCUUUUAUGUACAAUGUAUUAUGAACCUAAUAUUUUAAAUGUUUUGAAUCUUUGAUUUUGCUUUAACAAAUUGUAAUAGCUUAACCAAAUAUUGCAGCUAUUUGUCAUAAAUUUGUUGAAUUUAAGAAAACAAAC